AAAAACCUCUCUUCCUCCCAUCCUUCUCUUAGAACCAUUCUUAAAUUUUUCUCCCGUCUCACCCUGCAUUUUGCAGGGUAGAGGCAACCAUUAUAUAUCAUAUUCAAAACCCAAAAAACUAAAAAAAAAAAGCACACACACACACACAAAUAAAAUAACAAAAAGAAAGGUUCUUCCAUCCGUGUGGUCCGAUUAAUGACAGAGCAACCCAUUGGUGUUAUGACGGUGAAUUCUUCUUCUUCUCCUCCUCGUGAAACAGUAGUGCAAAUAAUUACGAAUGACGAGACAAGUUAUGAUAACGAUCAUGUCAAAGUGGAUGAGUACUGUGCGCCGAAGAAGAAGAAGAGGAGCACUAACAUUUUGAAGGUGGCUUUGAAGCUUCUACGGCAACGAUCACGGAAGCCAAAUGUUACAAACGUCCCUGCAGCCAUUGAUGUGGGUUCUAAAGGAAUGUGGAAUCGGCUUGUUGGGGCAAUGCGGCCUUUGCAUUUGCAGAGCGAUGAGUCAACCACCAUUCCUUCCUUGCCCACCAGUACCGACCCUCAUCCACCACCACCCCUCUUCCCUUCCUCCCCUUCCGUUGAUAACUUUGAGGAUGUCAAUUCCUCCUCCUCCUCUUCUGUUGAUGGCAUGAGCAGGUAUGCUUCUGUUGACAACCUUCAAGCAUUGGAUCAAAACGAUGAAGAGGAAGAAGAAAGAAACAACGAUAAAUUCUAUGCAAACAUGGAUGGUGAGGACGAGAUGAUCGAUGCCAAAGCAGAGAUGUUCAUAGCUCAAUUCUACGAGCAAAUAAAGCUUCAACGCUCUGAAUCUGAUGUUCGCUACAACGAGAUGAUUAAGAGAUCUAUUGGCUAAAAUGUCCAACCAUCAAUAUAAAAAAUAAUCUCACUCAAAAAUAAAAUUUACAACAAGGUUUUGAUGAUACAUCGAUAUCAAUAAGGGUAGAAUUAAGAGAGUGCUUAUGAUGGGGACAAAAAAGAAAAAAAAAAUAGUUGUGAAGUAAGAAGGUUUAUGGUGUUUGGCAUUUCUAUAUUAAUUGAGCAUUUUUAGUUCACUAAUCGAUGUUUAAGCAUAUGAGAGCAUAUAUAUAUAUAUAUAUACAAAAUUUUAAGUA